AUGGAAGAUCUCAAGCCAGUGUACUUCUGCAUGUUCCUGAUAAUAUACAUAAUCAUUGUUGCUGGAAAUAGUGUGUUAAUCGGAGUGGUGUAUUUUGAGAACACCCUGCAUGAGCCAAUGUUUCUUUUGCUGUGUAACUUGGCUGUGAAUGGUCUGUAUGGAAGCAGUGCCUUGCUGCCAGCACUGCUGAGCAACUUGUUGUCAGACUCGUAUGAGAUAUCUCUGGCGCUUUGUCAGACACAGAUCUAUGCUAUACACACAUAUGCCAUCACUGAAUUCACAAUUCUAGCAGCUAUGAGUUAUGACAGGUAUGUGGCUAUUUGCUAUCCGCUGCUUUAUCAUACAAUCAUGUCAAAAAGAGUUGUUAAACUUAUUGUUUUUACGUGGCUCUACCCCAUGCUGGCAUUUCUCAUUGUUUUUAUUUUCACUCUUCGGCUGCAGUUUUGUGAGAGAACCAUAGACAAGGUGUACUGUCUCAAUUACUCAUUGGUGAAACUUUCCUGUACAGACACAACUAUUGUUAACAUAGUCGGCCUACUUUCUGUAAUUCUAUAUGUGUUUCCACAGCUUUUCAUGAUCUUUUACUCAUAUGCACACAUCCUGAGGAUAUGUGUAUUGUCAUUCAAAGAAUCCAAGCUCAAAGCUCUCCAGACUUGUACCCCCCACCUGCUCGCAAUAACCAACUACUCCAUCGGGUGCCUUUUUGAAAUAGCACAAAGUCGAUUCAACAUUAGUCACCUAUCUUACCAAAGCAAGUUGUUUUUAUCUCUGUACUUUUUGAUAUUCCCAUCCCUUCUUAAUCCGACAAUAUACGGUUUGAGUAUUCAAGCCAUAAGGGCACAACUGUUCAGGCUUUUCAGCAGAAAAAGCGGGCAAGUCACAAAUUAUGUUGCCUAG